AGCACUUUCGGAGGCCGAGGCGGGCGGAUCACUUGAGAUCAGGGGCUCCAGACCAGCCUGGGCAAUAUGGUGAAACCUCGUCUCUACUAAAAAUUAAAAAAAAAAAAAAAAAUUAGCCGGGCAUGGUGGCUGGCACCUGUAAUCCCAGCUACUAGAGAGGCUGAGGCAGAAGAAUCGCUUGAAUCCCGGAGACGGAGGUUGCAGUGAGUCGAGAUAACACCACUGCACUCUAGCUGGGGCGACAGAGCGAGAUUCCGUGUUAGAAACGAAAAAGAAAAAAACUUCCGCAGGCACUUCCGACUCCCGGCCGACCCUGAGCUUCGGUGAUUGGCUGGGCUGGCCGUACGCGGGGCCUCCCGGGAUUUGUAGUUCUUGAGGCUCGGCUGAGGAUGCCGGGAAGGGCUAGUGGUCGGGGGCCUAGAGCGGCGGUUGCACUUAGUUGCGGCUGCUGUCACCAUGUCCCGCGUUUUGGUGCCUUGCCAUGUGAAAGGCACCGUAGCCCUCCAGGUGGGCGACGUGCGGACCUCCCAAGGCCGGCCUGGCGUGCUGGUCAUCGAUGUCACCUUCCCCAGCGUCGCUCCCUUCGAGUUGCAGGAAAUCACGUUUAAGAAUUACUACACAGCUUUUUUGAGCAUCCGUGUCCGUCAGCACACCUCAGCACACACACCUGCCAAGUGGGUGACCUGCCUGCGGGACUACUGUCUAAUGCCCGACCCACACAGUGAGGAGGGAGCCCAGGAGUAUGUAUCGCUGUUCAAGCAUCAGAUGCUGUGUGACAUGGCUAGAAUAUCGGAGCUACGCCUGAUUCUGCGGCAGCCAUCACCACUGUGGCUGUCUUUCACAGUGGAGGAGCUGCAGAUCUAUCAGCAGGGACCAAAGAGCCCCUCCGUGACCUUUCCCAAGUGGCUCUCCCACCCAGUGCCCUGUGAGCAACCUGCACUCCUCCGUGAGGGUCUCCCAGACCCCAGCAGGGUAUCCUCCGAGGUGCAGCAGAUGUGGGCACUGACAGAGAUGAUCCGGGCCAGUCACACCUCCACAAGGAUCGGCCGCUUUGAUGUGGAUGGCUGUUAUGACCUGAACUUGCUCUCCUACACUUGAAUGGUUGCUCCUAGCCAAGAUGUUGGCCUUUCUGUGCCCACCCAGACUUGGUUUGGGCCACCAGAGGCUGAAGUGUGUUUCCUGUGCAUUCCAAGUGUUGCCUGCAUGCCUGUUCUGUCUGGGCCACGUUCACAGAUUCAGGAUUCUCAGGGGCUUACCGUGUUACUUCAGCAUGAGCUCCUGGCAGGGGGGUGCUCUGUCUUCGCCUGGCUGCAACUCAAUUCUUCCUUCUACCCAAAAACACUCCAGUCAGUUGUACUUACUGAGAAUCCCUGAGUGCCCUCUGCCCCUUUUGCCAACAUGCACAUUCCUGUCUUCUGCCUGCUCCCUCACGUCAGUGCAGUUGGGCUGGGCUGACCUACUAAAACCUGCUCCAUGUAUGGACCUGGAAGGCCAUUGCUGCCAUGGCACUUGGGACACUUGAGGAAGAAACAGAAACCUUAUUUCUUCCUGUGUGUCCCCUAGUGGUUUUCUUUCCAUUUGUGUUAUGCCACAGAAAGAAAUUUCCUGUCUAAACUCUUCUGCUGCCUGCCUAGGAAGGAAACCUGAAGAUUUGGGCAGCCUGAGUCUCUCAGUUUCUGAGCUGGCUCCUGAAUAUAUGUUCAAGUGGGUGUGCCCAUAGGGCCUAGGCACGUGUCUCUAGCAAAACCAGGGCCUGAGAAUAAGAACUGGGACCCUUCUAGGCAGGGUGCGGUGGCUCACGCCUGUAAUCCCAGCACUUUGGGAGGCCGAGGCAGGCGGAUCACCUGAGGUCAGGAGUUCAAAACCAGCCUGACCAACCUGGAGAAACCCUGUCUCUACUAAAAAUACAAAAAAUUAGCUGGGUGUGGUGGUAGGCACCUGUAAUCCCAGCUACUUGGGAGGCUGAGGCAGGAGAAUCUCUUGAACCUGGGAGGUGGAGGUUGCGGACCUGAGAUCGUGCCAUUGCACUCCAGCCUGGGCAAGAAGAGCGAAACUCCAUCUUAGAAAAAAAAAAAAAAAAAGAACUGGGACCCUUCUGCCAUCUGACAUGGCCCAAAGCACAUCUCUAUCCUUUCUCCCAGUUGCCCCUCUCCUUUUUUGUUUUUUUUGAGAUUGAGUUUUGCUCUUGUUGCCCAGGCUGGAGUGCAAUGGUGCAAUCUUGGCUCACUGCAACCUCCGCCUCCCGGGUUCAAGCAAAUCUGCUGCCUCAGUCUCCUGAGUAGCUGGGAUUACAGUCAUGCGCCACCAUGCCUGGCUAAUUUUGUAUUUGUAGUAGAGACGGGGUUUCUCCAUGUUGGUCAGGCUGGUCUCGAACUCCCGACGUCAGGUGAUCCGCCUGCCUUGGCCUCCCAAAGUGCUGGGAUUACAGGCAUGAGCCACUGCGCCCGGCCUGCCCCUUUCCAAGAGAUAUGCUCAGCAUGAUGAGAGAUCAACCGUGGUGGGGAGUGGGUCCAAGUAAGGGUUCUCAUUGUUGCCUUUUAAGAGGCCUAGGUCCUGCAUUAACUCAGGCCAACCAUUAAGUGUUGCAGGCUGCUCUUCCCUCAUGUGAGAAAAACCUGUUUCCCUCUGGUUCUUCCUGGCUUUGUACCUGGUGGCUAUUACGAAGCAGUACUGCAGUAUGUCUUGGACCUGGAAAGUUGGACAUGUGUGUGGCUCAACAGUUUUCUCGGGGGAGUUCAGUGACCUUUUGGUGGCCACCCUCUGCUCUCACCUGUGAGUUCUUGCAGGUGGCGACUUCAUCUGCAAGGUCACUUACAUAGCCUCACUCAGCUGCUUCGGAAAGCGUGAUGGAGCAGUAGUCCUCAGUGUGUGUGUGAGUGAAGAGGACCUUGUGGUAGCAGGGACCAUGCUUCAUUCGUGGCUGUGUCCCCAUCCGAGGGCCUGGUAUGCAGUAAGAUCAAUAAAUACUUGUGGAAUGCA